UAAGCAGGUGACUCGUUUGUUCAAGCAGUGGGUUUGUGCGAUUAUUUUUGAUGUUGAUAUAAAGGGCUCUUCUGUUACCAAAGAAGACAAGAAUUUCCUGAAUACAGUUAUGGCUACCGGAAGUCAAUACCUGAUUGUGGCUGCGUUCGACUUCGGAACCACUUACAGUGGAUAUGCAUUCUCCUGCAAAGACACUCCAAAUGACAUCAAAUCUAACAAGAGUUGGACUGCCGGAUCUGGUAAACUCAUCUCACUUAAAACACCAACAUGUGUUCUUAUCAAUGAGGAUGGUGAGUUCGACUCCUUUGGAUUCGACGCCGAGGAUAAGUAUUCAUCUUUGGCAGAGGACGGAAAACACCAUGGUUGGAGACUGUUCAGAAGAUUUAAGAUGGUUCUUCACAAUCAGCGCAUUUUGAGUUCAGCAACAGUUGAAGAUUUGGAAGGUAAAACUUUCCCAGCCAAACCGAUAUUUACGAUGUCGCUCAAAUAUCUACAGAAACACCUUUUGGACGCUUUGAGUAUGAGUAACAUUGGGACAAGAGAAACUGACAUCAGAUACAUUAUUACCGUACCUGCUAUCUGGGGAAUAGCUGCAAAAAAGUUCAUGAGAGAAGCAGCGAUUGAGGCAGGAAUCGAUGGCACCCGUCUAAAAUUGGCAUUGGAGCCGGAGGCAGCCGCUGUCUGUUGUGAGGCCCUCGGUCACACCUUAGCCGGAAAAAUGUUUAUGGUCGUCGACUUAGGAGGUGGAACAGCUGACAUAUCUGUCCAUGAAAAACUAAUUGAUGGCUCACUGAAGAAUAUUCAUGCCCCCAGCGGAGGUCCGUGGGGCGGAAUAUUCGUCGAUGCAAACUUCAUAGCGUUUAUGACAGAAGUAUUUGGGACAAUGGCCAUAAAUGCCUUGCAAAGUAAAGAAAUGUACGAUUACUUUGGUAUGAAUCGUGACUUUGAGGUUAAGAAGAGGAAAUUCGAGUUUAAUUCUCAAAGCGACAUCACAUUUCGUAUCCCAGUUGCACUGAAGGAAAUUUCAGAGGCGAAUUUUCAUCAGUCUUUAUCAGACCGACUGGCAUCUUUGAAAUACGGUAAACACGUUUUCACGAGAGGUAGAGAUAAGCUUGGUGUCGACUCGUCAAUCAUGCAAAGUUGGUUCACAGAUCCUGUUUCCAAGACGUCGAAUUACAUGGGCAGUGUUCUUAAAGAAGAACGAAUGAAGGUUGUUGAUCUUAUAAUCUUAGUUGGAGGGUUUGCAGAGAGUCCAUACGUACAGCAAAGGAUUAAGGAAGAACUACCUGGGAAACAGGUGAUUGUUCCUGGGGAGGCGGGUCUCGCCGUUCUGAAAGGAGCCGUGAUGUUUGGACACAAACCUGACAUCAUUAUAUCCAGGCUUAUGGAUUACACGUAUGGGAUACGUGCAUGGAAACAAUAUGACGAGGAAAUACAUCCUGCCGAAAGGAAAGUAUACAAACACGGAACAUGGAGAGUCGACAACUGUUUCGAGAUAUUUGUUAGAGCGAAUGAAGAGGUCCAAGUUGAUUCCAAAGUGACACAUAAUAUCAGACCUAGAUGUAAACUUACUAAUAUUCUAAUAUACAGGACGAAAGACAGGGAUCCGGCCUUCACAACAGAUCCUGGAUGUGAACAACUUGGUCGAAUUAAAAAUUACUGCGAUACGGACAUUCCACUGCAGGAACAGAUUAUUAAGACAACGUUUAUGUUCGGAGACACAGAGUUACGUGUAUUCUGUGAGAAUGUAAAGACUGGCAAAGCGGAGACAUUAACACUUGACUUGAGCAAAUGAAACGGUCAUUAUAGAUACGGGAAAUUAUCAACUUUAAUUUGACAGUACUUAUCUGUUACAAUUCAUUAGGAUACUGGUUAUUAUUUAUGUUAACACUGAACAUUUUGAUAGAAGAACCGAACGAUGUAUUUUCCUAAGAAAGAGCGUAUACAAUGCUUCAGUUAAAUAAACGGCUAUUUACAUUUUAAAAGUGUGCAAAUUGUGUUAUGUGUAUCUAUCAAUAAGCGCAUUCAUUAGGCUGAAAGCAUGAUCCUUUAUACAAAAAGACAAAUAAAUUAAAAAGGACCUUUCGUGUACCCUGUUAUUUAAAAAAUGGCUUAUCAAUCACCGCAAACAUGGUUAUAUAUGUUGAAGUGUUAUAUUCAUAAAACAUUCCAAGAUCGAAUACGUUUAUAAUUAUGCAAAAAGUAACUAUACUUUCUAAAAUAAGCACAUGAAACCACCGUAAAUUGGGAAUAAUGCAUGCUUUUACAACUGAGAACACAUGACUAUAUAUUGUUUAGUUUUGUCCUUUUUAAUUAUUUUCUACAUAAUUUUAAUAGAUGUAGUUGUGUUUUCUUUUAUAGUAUCAAUAUUAUUUCACUUCAUUCGUUUUGCUCAGUUGUUAUAUGUUUACAAUAGGAUAUGCUACAUCAAACAUAAAUUAAAGUUUGUAAUCGGUAAGAGGUACUAAAAUUAA